AAAAUUGGUUCGAAGAAUUUCUCGAUUAGGCAAGAAGGAUCCUAUUCCCUCCUCCUGUCGAGUGGAACCAUACAGUGCUUCCAAUCCUCUUCCCGAGAAUCAUCCUACUAUGGCCUCCCUUCCUCCUCUUCCUGAGGAUGGAGAGGUCGAAGAAAGAGCCGUUGUCGAUGAUGUCAACCAGGAGACCCCCUCUUUUGUGAAUGAACCCGCAGAUUCUCGAAAAUCUGCGGGAUCUACUGAGAAGGAUGCUGCCUCUGAAGAUACAACAUCAGCGCAAUCUCCUCCUCCUGCUGUUUCUCCGAAGAGCAAAAGGAAAAGGAGCAAUGCCGAAGAUUCCGGGACCUCGAAACCCGAAGAAACUGCUCCUGCACCUCAAAAAGCAACUUAUGAUCCAUACAUCGAGAGUAUCAUCAGCUCUGAUGAUGAAGAAACACCAACUUUAGAUGUGGCUGCUCGAACGAGCACGUCACAUACUUUAGUUAUUUCAGAAAAACCAGUUGAAGGGGAGGAAUCGUCGCCUCCUCAACAAAAUGUUAAUACAUCUACUCCUCCUUCGAGCCCCCGUGCCCCUUCACCAAAAAGGGCACGGGUUGAAAAGAUUGUUGAUCCUGCCCCUCAGUUGGGCAGUUCGUCGACUCUGCUCUUAGAUGAUCCAAUGAUCAAAGAGCUUCUUCGGAUCGGGUCCCAAUUUGUUGGGUACCGUGAAUAUGCCGCCAGAGCCGAAGAAAAACUUUCAGAGGCUAACGAACGCGCCGACGCACUGGCUCAAAAACUUGAGCAAAGUGAGGCGGCUCGCAAGAAAGCCGAACUCGCUGCUAGCAAAGCCAAGGUCGAAGCUGAUGAAGCUAGGGCGAAAGCUGCUGGUGUCGAGGAACUGCAGAAGAAACUUGAGGAUGCGACAGCUGCCUUGGAUGAGCACAAAGCUGCACAAGCUUCUCGUGACGAAGGAAUCCUCAAGCGUUUGAAGUCGAAGCUAGGAGAGGAUAGCUUCUCGGAGAAGCUGACAAAAGAACUGAGCCUUAAACCAUACCAGAUCCCAUAG